AUGGGAUCUAAACAACAGUACACGGUGUGGGUGCAUAACAGCCGGAGCUGUAGGGGCUCGGUGUACUCCUGCCCCCGCUCCCUCAGCCUCCACUUCCCCAGUGAGGAGGAGAUCACCAUCGCCGGCUACCAGGUCCACAAGGGCGGAGUCCGCCUGAGUUUGCCGCAGACGGUCCGCAACGUGUUCCUGGAGCGGCUGGUGGACUACAUCCUGGUGAAGAGCACGUUUGGGUUCUCGCUGGCCUGGGACGGGGGCUCGGGGGUGUACGUCCGGAUGACCGAAGAACACAAAGGCCAUGCCUGCGGGCUUUGUGGGAACUACAACGAUGACGGAUCGGAUGACCUCACCACCAGCUCCAAUGUGCAGACGGAGGACGUUGCUGAUUUUGGGAACAGCUGGGUGGUGCAGCUGCCCCAGGAGAGGCGCUGCAGGUCAGUGGAGGAGGAGUUCCCCAGCCCCUGCACCUCCGAGUCACGCAUGGACGACGCCAUUGAGAAGUGCAGUGCCCUCCUGUUCUUCCCCUUCCUGUCCUGCCAUGAGAACAUUGACCCAAACCCCUAUGUGGCCAGCUGUGUCUCCGACUUAUGUGUGUAA